AUGGAAGGGCCAGAAUGUCUUUCUGAAGUGAUGGAUAGGAGUCGCGAUGGGAUUAUGCUUUCGUUAAGGGACGGAAAGGGAUUUCGUGAAAUUGUUAGGAGUCGUGGUAAAUUCAGUAACCCACCCACCCCCCAGCUCUCUCACUCUCACCACGGUUCACCGCCAUCACACGCUCGCCUCCGUCGCCGCGCCUCUCGCCGGAUCCACCGCAUCGUGUGCUCUCGCCGAAUCCACGGCACGCUUGUGUCUCGCCGUUCUCCUCCGCUCGUCAUCCCUCGCGUGCUUGUAGCCAUCGGUGUUGCUCUCUCUGCCUCGUAUUCUGCUCGUCCGCCAUCACUGCACCCAACCCCUGGUGUGCUCCACUGCUCGCGUCUUGCCUCUCUUCCUGCAGCUGUGCUUCCUGGUGAGUGCUCGCGUCUCUUCGCGCCUCCGUCCCUCCCUCGCCUUUCUUCCACGGGUGUUGCUGCCUGCACUGACUGCCGGAUUCUGCCGCUGCAACAACAAUUAACAUCAAUGGAUGGCAAUGUUUUAUUCGAUGAAGGCAACAACGAAGAAGCCAACAACAAUAAUAAUGGCACUAUCAGCAACUCCAAGGACCGGAAGAGGAGAAACUACAUGCUUGAUGAUGAUAGCCCCAAGGUGGCACGCCAAAAACUUGCCAAGAGGAUCCUCUUGUCUUUGACUAACCCUUCCUAUGUUCUGAGACUUGGUUCCAAAUCUCUGAGGUUGGAUUACUGCACAAGGUUGCGGUACCUGCUGACGAAGCUUGUCAAGGAACAUGACUGGGCCACUGCCAGUGGUGUUCUCAGUGCUUACUUAAAGGGAACAAUGAACGACAAGUCUCCAUUCAGGAAUUGCCUCAAGUUCUCGGUUUUAUUGGAGCUUCUUAAGCGCGUGGAAAACUAUCAUAUUAAUCCAACAAGGAUGAAGAACCUCUUUGAUAUUUGGUUGAAGAAUAUUGGAUCAAUGAAGAGUUGGCCAAUAGAAAGCAGAUAUAGAGUUCAUGUGGAGUUCAUCUUAUUCUGUCUUGUGCAUGGCAAUACUGGGGAUGCAUAUCAGCUUGUUAUAAGCCUUGAGCAAGAAAAAGUUGAUCUUGAUCCUGUGUCAAAGAUAAUUAUGGGCUUGACAUACUAUACGCUGUGGUAUUCUUCUAUCCCCGAAGAAUUUCAGUGGAAAGAUUCAGACCAGGCUGACUUGCAAAAGUACUCACGUAUGGAGGGGCCCUCCAUCAGCAAUGAAGUUGGACAGUCAGAGUGGCAUAAUACAGUUGAAUCCUUUCUGGCAAACUCCCAAAGCCAUUGUGAAUCAGACACCUCUGUUUUGAAGGAUAAGCAUAUAUCUAGGGAUGUUGGGUUCAACAAUGGCGUGGGAGAGUCUAUGGAGAUUGAUGUUGAUCAUAGAAGAAAAGCAUCGCAUCAGAACUUACAGCCAGGAGAAGGUUUUCGCUCUAAGUCCGAAGAAAAUGAAGGAAGUAGAGACUCCUUUUCCAACCAUGGAGGCCUUACACAAGAUACCUUAAAUGUUAUUAGGCAACUUGAUUUGUGGUUGUUUCCCUUGGAUUUUCCUGAUGAUAAUAGUUUUGAGGAUUUCAUGUAUGCGCACUCAAAUCAGCAAAAUGACCACUAUAAAAAGGCUGUGAAAUAUUUACAACUAGCUCUCGACUCAGCACCUUCAGUAACAGCAGCAUUACUUCCAUUGAUACAACUGUUGUUGAUUGGAGGUCGUGUUGAAGAAGCCCUAAUUUUGAUUGAGAAGGAGUGUAGUAAUUCAUCAUCUGUGCUCCCUGUAAGAUUGAGGGCUGCGUUCUUGGAGUGUUCUGAUCGAAACAACUCUGACUUGAUUGUCACAUGUUUCGAGGAUAUGCUAAAGAAGGAUCCACGAGAAAGUUAUCCCUUAGCAAAACUUAUCAGAAUGUACCAAAACGGUGACUAUAGCCUUGAAUCUCUGUUCGAAAUGAUUGUUUUACAUUUAGAUGCUACUAGUGCAGAAUACAGUACGUGGAGGAUGUUAUCUUCAUGUUUCUUUAAACUCUCUUGCUACGAAGAAGAUUCUAUAUCUGCAAACCAUACUAAUGAAGAUGGAGAUAGGCAACAUUAUUCCUUUAGAAAAACCCCAAAAGUGUUUACACAGGAAAUCUCUGGAAUGUCUUGGAGGUUACGCUGUAGGAGCUGGCUACUAACACAUUUCAGCCAUAGACAGCUUAAUUCAGAUGUUGAAGGUGAUUUGCAGCUACUCACAUACAAAGCAGCAUGCGCAUCCCAUAUGUAUGGGCAAGAUUUCCACUAUGUUUCAAAGGCUUAUUUUGUAUUAGAAAAUGAAAAUAAUAAGGACUUAUUGUUGAUUUUGGGUGAGCACAGGCAAAAUUCAUUUGAAUUUUAUCAGCAAUUUCAAAAUAAACUGAAAUUAUAACAUGAUUUGUUUGUUGCAUGUAGUGAUUCUGUGUAAUUAUUAUUAUGGUUUUCUUUGUUAUGUCUUAUGAUUAUUGGACGAAAUUUGUUAGCUUAUCAUAUCUUGAUAAAGACUUUACUAAAAAGCAUAUCUAGUUUCUUUUGCUCUUCACCCUUGUGUUCAAAGCACCAAAAGAACAUAAAUAAAAUGAAACCGAAAUUGAAAUGAAAAUAAAAUGCAAAUCCAGCAAGAUUUAUAUAUUAAUGUCUGAACAUUAGCCUCUCUAGCAAGUCCAACGAGUUUGGCAAGACCAGCUUGCAAAAUGCCAUGCAUCAUCAUAUAAUAGGAUACAUUAAAUGAAAGUGAAUUAGAAGGUAAAUUAAACUUCCUUGUUAACUGAAGAGCAGACGAAUUUGCAACCAAGAACAAUGUGAUUGAGUGAAGACACCACGCGAUUCAGGGUACUCUAAUUGUUUGUCCAUCACUAUCUGUGUUAUGGUCAUAAGGUUUGUAGGUUGUUUUUGCAUCUGUGCUGUGG